GCAAGACGCUCAAGAUGUCGAGGAAUUUCUCUGACACAGGCAGCAGAAAAGAACAUGUUAAAAUCACAAGUGAGUCCAAACCAGGAUUCCUGGAGAGGCUCAGUGAAACUUCUGGAGGCAUGCUGAUUGGACUUGUGACAUUUCUUCUGUCUUUCUACCUUCUUUUUACCAAUGAAGGACGAGCUUUAAGGACAGCCAAAUCUCUUGAUGAGGGCCUUUCUCUUGUGAUCCCUCUUGGUAGCAUCCACAGUGUGUCUCAGCAGAAUGAAGGGAGAUUGGUGCACUUAGCUGGCGCUCUGAGUACACCUAAGCCUUUGUUUGAUCCCAGCUAUGGGCUCUCGGUUCAGGCUGUCAAGCUUAAGCGUACUGUGGAAAUGUACCAGUGGGUAGAACAUGAAGAUUCCAGGGAAUAUGAAGAGAAUGGUAAGAUUGUGAAAGAGACAAAGUAUUCAUACAAUACCGAAUGGAAAUCGGAAGUUGUGAACAGCAGAAACUUUGAUCAAGAAAUUGGACACAAAAACCCAAGUGCCAUGGCUGUGGAGUCUUUCACUGCUGUAUCUCCUAACGUCCAGGUUGGCAGCUUUGUUCUUUCCAAGGGCCUUGUGGAUAAAAUCGAUGACUUCAAGCAGUUGAGUUUGUCACACCUUGAGGAUCCACAUGCUGAUGUUACCCGAGGAGGAGAUUACUUCUACCACAGCGAGAACCCCAGGCGUCCAGAAGUAGGAGACCUUCGUGUCUCGUUCUUCUAUGCAGGUCUGAGUGGAGAUGACCCCCAUUUGGGCUCUGCUGAUAAGGUGACUGUGAUUGCCCGCCAGCAAGGUGAUCAGCUGGUUGCAUAUCACACCAAGGCUGGAUAUGUCCUGCAGAUUCUUUAUCCUGGAGAUCUCUCUGUGGAGGAAGUGUUUCAGAAAGAGCACGAGAGUAACACCAUGAAGACCUGGGCCCUCCGUGCAGCAGGCUGGCUGGCGAUGUUUGUAGGCAUCAACCUAAUGACCCGAAUUGUUUACACUUUGGUGGACUGGUUUCCUGUUGUGAGAGAUCUGGUUAACGUUGGAUUAAAAGCCUUUGCCUUCUGCGUAGCCAGUUCGUUGUCGCUUCUGACCAUCUCCAUUGGUUGGCUCUUCUACCGCCCUCUCUGGGCUUUGCUGAUGGGGUUGCUCUCUGUUGUUCCAAUUGUGGUUGCAAAAUCUCGUGUUCCACCAAAGAAGCAGCAGUGAGGAGGAGGUGGUUGGUUUUUGCACUGAAUCCUGGUUAGAAACUUUUGAAGUGCAUUUCUGUCCCGGUGCCUGCAGCACGCUUACAGCACAUCACGAUUCAGCAGUGUGCACCCAGA